CCGUCCUCGUCCCCUCUCUCCCCGGUGCCUCUUUCCCCCCUCCGCGGUCUGACAGAGCAGAAGCGCUGCGCCCCCUCCCCGCGCCGCUCCCGUCCGCGGACACGCACCCCGGCUCUCCCAGAGGUUUAUAUCUGGGUGAAUGUCAGGGACUCCACACAUCCUGAGUCAGAGGACAAGAGAAAGGAACUGAUGCUCUUUUUGUGUGAUUUCUGACUGAAGAUGAAUUUAGCAGAGAUUUGUGAUAAUGCCAAAAAAGGAAGAGAAUAUGCACUCCUUGGGAAUUAUGACUCUUCUAUGGUAUAUUACCAGGGUGUCAUCCAGCAAAUCCAGAGGCAUUGCCAGUCGAUCAGGGAUCCAGCAAUUAAGGGCAAAUGGCAGCAGGUCCGUCAAGAAUUAGUUGAAGAAUAUGAACAAGUUAAAAGCAUUGUGAACACUUUAGAAAGUUUUAAAAUGGACAGACAUGCAGAUAUCCCUGUAUCCUGUCAAGAUGAGCCUUUUAGAGAUCCCGAUGUUUGGCCCCCUCCUGUUCCAGCUGAACACAGGGCUCCACCUCAGAUCAGACGUCCCAGCAAAGCUUUGAGGAAAGAAUCACCAGGACUGCAGCCCCGUGGGCCUGCAGGCAGAGCACACAUGGUGUCCAAGGGCGAGAAGCCUGCAGGCAGCCGCGAAAGGGAAUCUAGAGCUAGAGGAAGAGAUGACAAGGGCAAGAAAAUACCCCAGGAAGUUGGUGAUGGGGAAAUUCCAAAAUUUGAUGGAACGGGUUACGACAAAGACUUGGUCGAAGCUCUUGAAAGGGACAUUGUGUCAAGGAAUCCAAGCAUUCAUUGGGAUGACAUAGCAGAUUUGGAAGAAGCCAAGAAAUUAUUAAGAGAAGCUGUUGUUCUUCCAAUGUGGAUGCCUGAUUUUUUCAAAGGGAUUAGAAGACCUUGGAAGGGUGUGCUGAUGGUUGGUCCUCCUGGCACUGGCAAAACAAUGCUAGCAAAAGCUGUUGCUACAGAGUGUGGAACAACAUUCUUCAAUGUGUCUUCUUCUACCCUGACAUCUAAAUACAGGGGCGAGUCUGAGAAGCUGGUCCGCCUCUUGUUUGAAAUGGCAAGGUUUUAUGCUCCAACAACAAUCUUCAUUGAUGAGAUUGAUUCCAUCUGCAGCCGCAGAGGCACAUCUGAUGAGCAUGAGGCGAGUCGCAGAGUCAAGUCUGAGCUGCUUGUGCAAAUGGACGGGGUAGGUGGUGCUCUGGAAAAUGAUGACCCUUCCAAGAUGGUUAUGGUGUUAGCUGCUACAAAUUUUCCCUGGGAUAUUGAUGAAGCUCUCCGACGAAGACUAGAGAAGAGGAUUUAUAUACCUUUGCCCACAGCAAAAGGCAGAGCAGAACUACUUAAGAUUAAUCUUCGGGAAGUAGAACUAGAUCCUAAUAUCAGCCUUGAAGAAAUUGCUGGGAAGAUUGAAGGCUAUUCCGGUGCUGACAUCACAAAUGUUUGCAGGGAUGCCUCUUUAAUGGCAAUGAGACGACGUAUUAAUGGCUUAACUCCAGAAGAGAUUCGUGCACUUUCUAAAGAGGAGCUUCAAAUGCCGGUUACCAACGGGGACUUUGAGUUGGCUCUGAAGAAAAUCUCCAAAUCUGUUUCUGCUGCAGACCUGGAGAAGUAUGAAAAAUGGAUGGUGGAGUUUGGAUCUGCUUAAUCUCAGUGACAGAUCUCCGUUGCUAGAGUUUUAUGGGUUUUGUUGUUUUACCUUGCAAAAUGAGUUAGAAAUCUUUUAAAGGUUUAAUAAAAGGUUUGCCUCUGCCCCCAUCCCACAGCUUUCUGGUGGCAUGAUCUUUUAAAAUCCAUUUGCCUUUAAAGGGAGUGAACACAGUAACAAGCCGAUACUGUAAAAAAUGUUUUAUCUCUGAAACAGUAAAAUAAGACAAACAGGAAGGGAAAAAUUAUACUUGUGAGGAUAAUCUUUUUAUUUUUCCAAUGAAGAGAAGUGUUACUUAACCUCCUCAUAGUCAUCUUUUAUGGCUGGAAUCAAUAAAUCAGCUGGGGGAUGUGACUGCAGAGGAGCUAACAAGGGCUUGCUGUACACCCUGCUCUUAAGUGCUACAUUUCUGUUCAGCUGCUGACUCUGCUCCAUAGAAUGUGGCAUUGAAGUUACCGUUCUCUCUCUGUGCUUGGAUAUUCAGAGCAAAACCUGUGGAUUAAUUGGCAUUACACAGAGGAAAUAAGGAUCAGCUUUCCAUCAAGACGUGGGCUUGGCUCUCCUCGCAUGUAUACCCAUUUGGAAUUGAUGUCACUUCAGGCUGGAUUGAUGUUACCUGUGACAACUUCUGAUGCAAAGGAGAGGAAAAUGAUUGCUCUCAGUCUGGUUUAUACUUGAUCUCUGAACAUAGUUUGUACCAGUUUGACCAGUAGGCACUUUGACUAAAGUUAUGUCUUGCACUUUUAUGCUUAUGUAUCAUCCUUUGUGCUGUCUAGAUAUUAUAACUAUUAGUAUUAUUUAAGUACCAAGAGUUUAAUACAGUAAAGACACUAAUAUCAAGGCUGUCUUUAAAACAUGUAGAUGUGGCCUACCACUUCUGAUUAGACAUGAACUCUUUCCUAGCCUUACUAGGCAAUGGGGUUUGUACCUGUUCAUGUUGUAGAUCUGUUCAUGCUUAAUAUUUUUAAUGAUUUCUUAAACAUGUGUAAAUGUUAUUGAUUAUGGGGAAAAUAAUCUGUACAAUCUCA